ACUGCCGCCCUUUAAUGGGGAGCUGGCUGGAGCGUGCGUUGGUGGGACUAACACAUGCUUGCAGCCUGUCAUCUGCUCGUCUCCAUCUCUAGGGAAAGGGGCAAAUACUCCCAUAUGCUGCUCUGGUUUCUGAAAGAGUGACGUGACGGCUGGAGCCAGACGGAUUUGCUUUUAUUCUGUCUCCUCCAAGCUACUGAUAGAAGGUUAGAAAACAGGAGCCAAAGGGCUGCUCUUGGCUGCAGCCUGGGCCAGGAGUUCUGGGUGAGAUGAAGCCAUAGGAGCCUCUGUUCCCCCUGAGUUUGUGGCGUGGGGGCUUAGGGCAGCUCUUCUGUGUCACUGCUCCACUGUUGCCUUCUUCAGCCCCUGCUGUGCUGUGGGUGGUGACUGGGACAUGGGUGCUCCACAGACUCCUGGAGUGGCUGUGCCUGAUAUGAUGAUCCCUAAGCCCCCAGGUUUGCCGUCCCCAAUGCAGAGGGUCACAAACCCCCCAUGAAGGUUGUGCCUGCUGUCAUGCUCCCCCUGAGCUCCGGGGCUGCUGGCUGUGGUGUUGUGGAUCCGAGCCUCCCCCGAAGGGGGCUGUACACCCUUGGGGUGUGGGAACCGCUGCGGCCCCCGGUGCGGGGAGGCGGAGCCCGGAGGAGAGGCGGUGGCUGUGCCCGGCCCCCGGCUCCGGGAGCGGGGCGGUGUCAGGCCUAUUCUACCGCCCCGUCCGGCCCUCCCCGGGCGGAGCCGGGACACGGAGCGCGGAGGAGGCUGAGCGGGCCGGCGGCGUCGGCGAAGGAGACGAGCGGGCCGGCGGCGGGAUGCCGGGCUACGACUACAAGCUGCUGGAGCGGCCGCGGCGGCGAGUGCUUUGCCCACUCUGCGGGAAGCCCAUGCGGGAGCCCGUCCGCGUAUCCACCUGCGGCCACCGCUUCUGCGACACCUGCCUGCAGGAGUUCCUAAGCGAAGGUGUCUUCAAGUGCCCUGAGGACCAGCUGCCCCUGGACUACGCCAAGAUCUACCCCGACCCAGAGCUGGAGGCACAGGUGCUGAGCUUGGCCAUCCGCUGCAUCCACAGUGAAGAGGGCUGUCGCUGGAGCGGGCUCAUCAAACACCUCCAGGCCCAUCUUGGCACCUGUGGCUUCAACGUCAUCCCUUGCCCCAACCGGUGCAGCGCCAAGCUGAGCCGUCGCGACCUGCCUGAGCACGUCCAGCACGGCUGCCCCAAGCGCCGGGUCAAGUGCGAGUUCUGCGCCAGUGACUUCACUGGGGAGGCCUUUGAGGGCCACCAGGGCACGUGUCCCCAGGAGAGUGUGUACUGUGAGAACAAGUGUGGGGCCCGCAUGAUGCGGCGUCUGCUGUCCCAGCACAGCCUGGCCGAGUGUCCCAAACGCACCCAGCCCUGCACCUACUGCACCAAGGAGUUCGUCUUCGACACCAUCCAGAACCACCAGUACCAGUGUCCCCGGUACCCUGUGCCCUGCCCCAACCAGUGUGGGACACCUAACAUUGCCAGGGAGGAUGUGCCCACUCACCUCAGGGAGAGCUGCAACAGUGCCAUGCUGCUGUGCCCUUUCAAGGAGGCUGGAUGCAAGCACCGGUGCCCUAAGCUGGCUAUGGGCCGGCACCUGGAGGAGAGCACGAAGGCACACCUGGGCAUGGUGUGUGCCCUGGUGAGCCGGCAGCGGCAGGAGAUCCUGGAGCUGCGGCGGGACGUGGAGGAGCUGUCAGUGAGCAGUGAUGGGAUCCUCAUCUGGAAGAUCGCCGACUACACACGCAAGCUGCAGGAGGCCAAAGCCCGCAGCAACUACGAGUUCUUCAGCCCUCCCUUCUACACCCACAAGUAUGGCUACAAGCUCCAGGUCUCAGCCUUCCUCAACGGCAACGGCAGUGGCGAGAGCAGUCACCUCUCUGUCUACAUCCGUGUGCUGCCGGGCGAGUACGACAACCUGCUGGAGUGGCCUUUCUCCUACCGAGUCACCUUCUCCUUGCUGGACCAGAGCGACCCUUCGCUCUCCAAGCCCCAGCACAUCACUGAGACCUUCCACCCUGAUCCCAACUGGAAAAACUUCCAGAAGCCAGGAGCCUCGCGGAGCUCCCUGGAUGAGAGCACCCUCGGCUUUGGCUACCCCAAGUUCAUCUCCCAUGAGGACAUCAAGAAGAGGAACUACGUGCGGGACAACGCCAUCUUCAUCAAAGCCUCGGUGGAGAUCCCCCAGAAGAUCCUGGCCUGAGCCCUGGUGCCCCGUGGAGAACAGGACAUGAGCUGGGCACCCCCUCAGGGGUGUCCCAGGUGGUGCUGAGCCCCUGCCCACAGCCGGUGCCCAUGGCUUGGAGGCACUGCUGUGGCUGCAGCUGGUGGCUCUCAGGUGGGCAGGGGCUGGGGCUGCUCCCCCACCUCCCUCCCCCUUCCUGGACUCUGCAGCCCCAGCUGCCUCCCAGGGCAGCCCCUUCUCAGGUGCCUGGGGGUGCCGGGGGGCUGGGCUCCCCCAAACCCUCACUGGGGGGUGCAUGGUAACCCCCACCGGCCUCUCUGGGGGCCCCACUGGACCCCACUGCCCAGAGCCAUAUUUUGUAAGCUGGUGCCCCCCGGGUGCAGGGUUCUUUGUUAUUUAUUACCCUGGGCCGGGGGCUGCUGCCCCUCCCCACCUCUUUUUUUUCUCAAUAAACUUUUCUUGUAUUUAUUA